UUUCCAUAAGAAUGACAGCUAAUCGGAGUGAAAUUGGAGUGAAGGCUACUUCUCUCUCUGUUUAACACACGAGAAAUCGUAUACCGGGACUGCGAGCGCGCCCAUCGCCCAUAGUUCGUACUUUUUCCAUUUUUACGUUCCGAAGAGGACAAUUUUUCUUUAAAAUGGUGAUCUGUACCUAUUUCUUGAGCGGCAAUUGUCGUUUCGGCUCCAAGUGCAACAACGACCACAUAGAUCUGGCGUCAAUUAUAAAGUUGGAAGUAGAUGCUACCCUGAAGGGCAACCAGUGGCCCCUGUCAUGCUUUGGUCCGUUCAAAGAACGGAAUUGUAUUCCAAAUUUUAUUGAAGAUUGUAGCUUCGAGGAAAUUCGAAUGAUGUUUCUGGAAGCCAAGGCUCAGAAUAAUCUUCCCGGCCAUGCGGUACAGCUGGGGCAAAUGAUAAACGGUGCCAAGCAAAAAAUGCAAUGGCUUGCGAGUAUGAAUCGAGAUAUAAUGAAUACGUUGAUAGAGAUUUACAAUCAGCCAGAAGAUUCCUCUAAACCGGCGGCAGCUAGUGGAAAUGCAUUUUCAACUUCCACGGCUGCCAGCAUAUUCGGAGGUGGUUCUAGUGCUGCCACUUCUGGUUUUGGAUCAACGGGAUCUACGUUUGGGGGGCUCCAAAGUUCAGCAAAUACGACAGGCAACAUUUUUGGAGCCGCACCCAAUCAAAAUGCGGCCAGUAUUUUUGGCGGAAAUUCUACCGUUAGUACUUCUGUUCUUGGUGGAAGUUCGAAUAUUUUUGCUAAAGUAGCACAACCGGGUACCGGAACUAAUAUUUUCGGGCAGGCCAGCUUUGGGCAGCCACAACAACAGCAACCAGCUCAGCCAACGACAAAUAGUAUAUUUGGUGGUCCUGCAGUUUUCGGGGGAUCAGGAACUUCUUUAUUUGCCACGGCUGGUCAGCCACCAAGCGGUGGAUCAAUUUUUGGUGGUUCGAGCACGGAAACAUCAUCAACAACAAAUUUGUUUGCUCAACCUUUUACUGCUCAACAGCCACUGCAAAAUCAAAACGUCUUUCAGAGCCAACAAACCAGUACCUCACCGUUCCUAGCUGGUCCUAUACCAGCUGCCAAUAAUAACGUUUUUGGGGCUGUUUCAACCUUUGGAGCAACAACGGGAAUCGUUCAGCAGCCACAAUCGAACCCGUUCACAACGAACUUCAAUACACAACAACCUGCAUCCCAAUCACUGUUUGGUAGUGUUCAGCCUCCUGGGCAACCCCAAACGACACAGAAUCUAUUUCUUCCAGCACCCGCACCCGUGAAUUCAGCGACCCCUUUUGGAGGUGGAUCCAACUCUAUUUUUCCAGCGGCACCAUCGACAACGACUGUCGCCAGCUCAGCUGUAGUGCUAUCGGCCGCUGUCUACAGUCGGAUGGAGGAUCUUACCGAAGAGCAACUAGAGGCCUUCAAAGCUGACCAUUUCGAGCUAGGAAAAAUUCCCACAGUUCCGCCGCCGCGUGAAUUGUGCGGAUAAAUUGAACAAAGUAUUCAUGACAAAUAUUGUGAGUGAAUGAGCUAGCUUAUUCGAAACGACUUCGACUUUAAUAGGUCUGGCCAAAAACCUGUUUUCCUAAUUUAUAAUAAAUAGCCUUAAAUCAGUUUAAUAUUUUUUUGAACUUUGAAAUAUGGUUGCUAAGCGAAAUCGAGCUUAACACCUAAAUUACAUCAAAAACGUCUAGUUUCAGUUGAUAGAAUUUUAUUCUACUCCGAAGUCAAUUUUGAGAUAAGUGGGUAAAGAUUGAAAUGUAGGGGCAACUUUUUGAAAGUUAUCAUUACUUUACCUUGUUUUUCCAAUGUUAAAACUCAUUUUCAAAACUUGGUUAAAAUAAAGAAUACACUUCGGUUUUGACGUUUAUUACGUUAUAAUGUUCAAUAUCUAUAAAUUAAAAAAAAAAAAAGUUGAAUCCUAAAGUUUUUAGCGAUUAAUAUCCAGGGGAUGGCAAUAGAGAAAUAAUUAUUUGUAUUUGUUACGGUAAUGAUCAAAAUUACACAAUUACUGUACACGGGAGGGCAGGACAAGAGUGAAUUCCAUUACAAGCAUAGAACAAUUAAAAAAAAAGAAUUUGAAAAAAAGUUUUUAAGUACAUUAUUUGAAAUAUUCUGUAGUUUAUGUAAGUUUUGUUAAUUUUGUAAUCUUAGUUUUUUGUCGUUAUAUUUUUGCCAUUUUUGUGCAAAACUCGGUUGUCAUUUAAAUUUAAUUUUCAUGUAAGCUUAUCCCAAGUGGUCAUUCCGAAACAACACGGUUAAAUCGUUUAAAUUAUAAUCGAAGGGUUGAAACUUACCGAAGUUAUCCGAUGUCUACUUCCCUAUGGCAUUAGAACCUUAACAGUUACCUUUUUCGAUGACAAAGUUUCUUAACGACUGAAUGUCGUCGCACUGAAGCUUCCUUUUCUUUCUUUCUUUUGGAUUUGUCGAAAACGACUGGCUAAAACCAAGUAUGGUCCAACUUGCCUAUGCUUCCUGAAUAUCCUAUUGUUUCAUCAGCUGUUCGUCAGUUGGCACUGACGCAUAUCAUCUUAGGACCCUGGAAUGUCGCAUACUUCUUUGAAGAAUGUUGGUUCUUUUGGGGGCACACCAAGGUACUCUGAUUCUAUAGAGUCCUCGUUCAGACCAAAGAAGAGCACAACCAGAAGCAUCCGUACUGCAAUCUGUCUGCCAAUCUACUCGCCUUUUUCUAUCCACUUGCUAAC